AUGGCUUCCAACUUCAACGACAUAGUCAAACAGGGAUACGUGCGGAUACGGAGUAAGAAACUGGGGAUCUUCCGGAGGUGUUGGCUGGUGUUCAAGAAGGCCUCCAGUAAAGGUCCACGACGGUUAGAGAAGUACCCGGACGAGAAGGCAGCCUACUUCAGGAGCUUCCACAAGAUCACUGAGCUCCAUAACAUAAAGAACAUUACACGGAUGCCGCGGGAGACAAAAAAGCAUGCUGUGGCGAUCAUCUUCUGUGACGACAAAUCCAAGACAUUUGCCUGCGAUUCAGAGCUGGAUGCAGAGGAAUGGUGUAAGCUGCUGUGCGUGGAGUGCCUGGGCAGCCGACUCAACGACAUCAGCCUGGGAGAGCCAGACCUGUUAGCAGCGGGGGUGCAGCGGGAGCAGAACGAACGCUUCAACGUGUACCUAAUGCCCACUCCUAACCUGGACAUCUACGGGGAGUGCACCAUGCAGAUCACCCAUGAAAACAUCUACCUGUGGGACAUACACAACGCUCGCCUCAAACUCGUCAUGUGGCCUCUCAGCUCCCUGCGCAGAUACGGACGAGACUCCACCUGGUUCACUUUUGAGUCCGGAAGGAUGUGUGACACAGGAGAGGGUUUGUUCACGUUCCAGACGCGGGAGGGGGAGAUGAUCUACCAGCGGGUCCACUCGGCCACGCUGGCCAUUGCCCAGCAGCAUGAGAGGAUGAUGGAGGAGAUGGAGAAGAGUUCCCAGGUACGCUUUUUUUUUAUCCACCCCAGAGAAACGCUAACCAAGUCCAUCUCCCUGCCACGCAGCGCCUACUGGCAGCACAUUACACGUCAAAACAGCGUGGGAGAUCUCUACAGUUACCAAGGAAGCGGCCUGACAAUGACUUUUAUCCCUCGAGCACAGACCUUCCCCAGCUUUCUGUGUGAUGAACAGGAGGAGAGCCAGAACCAGAACCAGGAACAGGCACCGUCGCCCUCUAGUGGCCCUGAAUCCAGUUGCAGCCUGAGACCCCUUCAAUGACAAAGAGUUGCUCCACCAAAACUGGACACU